CUCUUCGCGAACGGCGUCGGCCCGCAGGUGCCGGAGGCGAAGGCGGCGAGAUCGAUGAAGCUCCUGUUCACGAUGGUCGCGCUGCGCGUCGUCCUCGCGCAGGAGGAGGGCUUCGGGAACGAGUGCCACGACGACCCGUCGUACACGGAGCUGUACGACGACCUCACGACGUAUCUCGGUAAAAACCCGCUGAACGCGGGCGGCGACGGCGAGGCGUGGCUCCGGGAGCUCAUGCGUCACGAUAAGCUGCACUGCCGCCUCGCCGCGGUGAGACUUCUGGAAGUGAGGGACGUUUACGCGUCGAGAGAGUUCGAUUGGGGCGAAGUUCGAAGAGAAGCCCUGGAGGACAUGGAGGCGACGCGGAUCGCGAUGCUGAACGAGCACCUC